GCUUUCCUCUUCACUGAAGACUUAUUAUUUCUUUCUUAUAAAACCCUAACUUCUCUCUUUCUCUCUCUCGCCGCUCCUGUUGGUUCCUCUGGCACGGCAAAACCCACUUCGUCGCUUCCCUACUCUUCAUCGCUAUCAGGUAAUUCUUCACUCGUCUCUUCCCUCACAUCUUCAGCAAUGCAAAAGAAUUCAGGUAUUUGUAUUUCUGUCGGAUUUAGUCCGAUUUCAGUCGCAAAAUCAUAAAUUUUCGAAAGGAUACUUCUAGAGCUAUUGAAUGAUAAUUACAUGGAAAAGUAAGGGAGUGACAACAGAGUAGAUUAUUGGGCUCUCGGUAGAGGAGACAGGGGCGCAGUUAUAGUUUUCUACAAACAAUAAAGAAGUUGCUCUGAAAUGGUGGCAGUACACUAUUGAGAAAAUGAUGGUCUUUUUUUCUCAUUUAUGACUUGUGCGAAAUGGGGGCUUCUAUGAACGGGUGUCUUGUGUGAAUAGUUAUUUUGGUCUAUGAAUAAUUAAAUAGAAUGGGUUUACUUAACGAAUGAGUGUCUGUUAAAGUUAAUUUUGUUUUGGGUAUAUUCUGCUAAGUGCACAGUUUAAUAGACAUUUUAUAUAUUAGGUAAGAUAUAUAUACAGAGAGUGAUGGGUAGAACUACAAGUCAAGAUGGGAGAAUCACAAGGGUGUUUUUCAUGGCUACUCUGAUACUAUGGUUGCUCUCAAUUUUGUUUGAAAUCGUAUUCAACAAGCGGUCCGAGCUAAUCUGCGUCGUUGUUGGGUGCUUCUUCUUCCAAUUGGCCAACUGGGUCAUCCGCUAUUUCGCCUCUCCCUCUCGUGAUCCUCUUUUCGUUAACACCUCAGUUUCUCUCCUCCACUCAACUAUUAUUUCCUCUUCAGUCAUUUUCAUUUUGGUGAAUCAAUGGUUAAUAACAAGGGGUUCUUUGAGUGGAAGAGUGUUCAUGUUUGAUCACUCUCAGUUAUUUGCAGGUACUUCAACUUGGCCUUGUGCAUAUUCCGCUUUGUGCUUCUCAUGUGGUUACUUUGCGUAUGACCAAUUAGAUAUGCUGAAAUACCGAUUAUAUAAUGAUGGUUGGAUUCUGGUGCAUCAUUUGAUACUCCUCGUUUGCUUUACUCUUGCAUUGUAUCGAAAUGUCACGAUCAACUAUCUUAUUCUCACACUCAUUUGUGAGUUGCACUCAAUCUUCUUGCACGUUAGGAAAGUCCGCCGCCGGAUGGCCCCCGGACUUACCAAGAGGAGCAUGUUUGUAAGGAUAGAAUGGCUUCUGAAUUGGGUUACCUACAUUACAGCUAGGUGUGCUGCUCAUAUUCUCAUCACAACCAAGCUUAUUUGGGAUGCUCCCAAAUUUGAAAAGGGUGUGGAACUGCCACUAGCUCUGUUUGGGAUGGCCGGAAUGAACUUGCUUAAUGUUUUUUUAGGAGUUGAUCUCUUCAAUGCUUACAGAAAAGAAAUGAUUCAACCCCAGAACUCAAAUCAUCAUCAAGAGUGACAGACUAGACAUACAAACCUUUAGGUUCAGAAAGAGUUGUAGUUAUUUCAUUGUUUGUAUUAUUAAGUUUUCAAAUAUUUUAGCAACUUUUGAGAAUUUUAGUUUCAAAGUCUUCACAGUAAUAUUAAGCGUCUCAAUCUUCUUUAAGCAGUUCUUAUAGGGUAUGUUAAAGCUGAAUAUUUUCCUUAAAAAAAAAUUCCAUCAAGAGUGACAAACUAGACAUACAAACCUUUAGGUUCAGAAAGAGUUGUAGUUAUUUCAUUGUUUGUAUUAUUAAGCUUUCAAAUAUUUUAGCAACUUUUGAGAAUUUUAGUU